AUGGAGGACGGUAUCAAUGUGGAUGAUCUCUUUGGAGAACCCAACUCCUUGGAGCUAGGCUUGCCCGCCGCCUCCCCAAUCAAAGGUCUAGCACAAUGCCUAGAUGAAAUGCGUCUAUUAGGGUGCUGCCAGAAAAUCGCCUGGUCUCGGAUGGGAUGUAUUGCAUCUAUUUCCCCAGACGGACUCCGGGUUAUUGUCCGCCAUCUCCAGUGCCGUCCAUCAGAUGGUAAAUGGGUGCUCGGGGAAGAGUCAUCUUUGGCUCCAGUAUUGGAGGCUCAUAAUGGCAAUCAACUGGCCCAUCUAUCAUGGAAUGAGACCGGUUCAGAGCUUGCCGUUGUCGACUGUUCUGGUCGCAUAUCAAUAUAUUCCAUUUCCAUUGCAUUGAACAGCAUCACAGGCUUGCGUCAGGCCUCAUUUGACUCCGGCGACGAUGGAAGCCAAGUCGUUGGAAUGAUGUGGUUGAACUCCCAGCGUUACGUGCACGCAUUCCACCAAGCAGCCAAGGUGAAUGGUCGAUGGGCAUACUCGCCCUUCCGUCGACGCCCCGUCGGGCCAUUUCACCCAGCCAAUAAAGGCGCAUUGAUAUGUGUGACCAGAGCCGGCCAGAUCAAGCUGAUAUAUCAAAACCCUGACAGCAAAUGGGCCGAGCUGCCAGCUGAACUGAAGAACACAGGGUACUCGGACAGACUAUUAACACAUGCAUCCAUGACCGCAACACAAGCUGGGAUCCUUCUCUCCACCUAUUCUGCAUGCCAGAAAAUGUGUCUUUAUAGAGUACACAUCAGCUGGAACCCGCCACAAUGGGAGCCGGCACAGGGGAAACCGCCCGGCCAAUUCCCUAUUCCCACCUUCCGUUUAAUCCAUUGUAAGGUCGACAUGCCCAGCAACAUAUUGAACGUCAACCGGGGGCCCGACCACUCCGAUCAGUCUUUGCCGUUUUUGAACUCGGUAUACUCGUUGACACGACUAGAGAUCAUGCCGGGACAGUUUGAUAGCCCCGCGGGGUCCACUGCCAAUCCUUGGAUCCUGGCUGUCUUGUCGAAGCCCCUCCAUGCCAUACAUGACUAUCCAGAUCAGCAAGGUCCGCCGAGUGUGAUUGUCAGGUGGCAUUUGGAAUCUGCACCGCAGAUCCUCCAUCCCAAGUUUGACGAAGUGACGUCAAAAAAGAGCAACGCUCAAGGAAAGCCCAAAAUGGAACUGCGCAGGUUGGAGGACGUAUAUUGCGACAAGUAUAUCGUCUCGGUCGAUCUAGUAGAGCAUGGGACAGUUUUGGCUGUCAGCCACGACGACAGCUCAAUAACAUGCUACGACACACGGACAAUGGCCGUGUUGAACGGCCUUAACGACUCAACCACAGUGACCUGUCUGCCCCAGGCUGGGUUCCAGUACCCACUCGAAACAUCAGGUCUUCAUAUUGCUUUCUCUCCUAACGCUUGCGUUGCCGUUACGCUGGAUAUUGACGGACAUAUGCAAUUGAGAGUGAUGGAGCAUUCGUUCGGAUCCACAGAGGGUCUCUAUGACGAGAACAAUUUCUCCGCGGCUAUCGCGGCCUUGACAUUGGCAUUCAGUCGAGGCUGUGGGGUUGAUUUCAAUACAGAUGACAUACUCAUGGUUGCUCUCGGGCAGCUAUCACCGGGUGAGUGCUCUGAAGAUCUUCGCAUUGAUAUCAUCGAGACGCUGACAACCUCCAAAGAGGCUCAAACCACAUUCAUCAGCGAGGUGUAUCGCGCAUUGCCGGUUAAUUGCAAUUUCACAGCCGAACAGGACAAACUCAUGAGCCAUCCUUACAUACCUCGUUGUCUCAGUUUACAGGCCGGACUGGGCUUCAAAGGGAGACUCAAGCGCCGCAACCUCUCAUCGGCUGUGCCGUGGGCAAGCCUUCAACUCAGACAUGCCUCGGUUCUAUUUGCAUAUUUCUUCCAAUAUAAUAAAGGGGGACAGACUGAAUCGCAUGAUCCAGAUGUUCUCCGCAUGGUAUUGGGCAACACCAAAUGGACAUUAGACUUCUCUCACUUUCUUCUAAACGAAAUCUUCGACAUGGCCGAUGAAUUCGAAGAUGUCUACCAUGACCCAGAAGCAUUCACACAGAAAUUGAAAAACUCCUCCUCCCUCCCCCUUUUAAUCCUCCUCUCAAGCAUGUCGCGCGCCUUCCUCCGCUUCAUCUGUCGAGGCCUCCGCGGCGUGAAUGCCGGCUUCGCAACCGCAAACCCCGCUUCCCUCGUAGGUGACUCCCGAAUCUACUACACAGAGAUCUGCCAAACACUAGAAUCAUCACCGGUACGGAUCGAUGUGUACGAGAAGUUCCUGGCAGGAGUCGACUCAGCCGUGAAGCACGCCUACCAAGGCGCUGGCUUUGGCGACGCUGAAAGACCCGGCCCGGAAAAGGAACUGCUGGUUAAUGCGCGCAUCCCGCCGGUCCUCACCACAGCCGUGGCAACCCUCCUCCGGCAGACAGUCCCCGCGCUCAAAUCCGAAAUCAAUCGCAGGGCGAUCUACCUCGGGGACUAUAGCUGGCUUGGUUUUGGGAAUGAUCGACGCACGGCGUUGUACCGUAAACAGCGUGAGGUCGAUAUCGUCAAGAAGUGUCCGCUGCGCCCGCCGCUACCGUUGGGGAAUGAUGGUCGCGUGGCGCCGCUAAAGAAGCGCAGGUGUGCGCGCUGCUGUGAGGUCUCUGGUGAUACAAAUCUGCCCCGGUCGCUUCUGUCUUUCAAGAUGAUUGCUAAGCUGGGGCUGUUGCGGUCUUGUCUUUGCGGGGGGAUGUGGGUUCUUGAGACGGAUACUGGGGAUCUUGGGGCUAGGACUGCGAAUACGAAUGGCAGUAGCAACAGGGUUAGCCAGGCUUAG